AAGUGGUCAUGUGAAAAGGAAGAGAGUUUGCUUUGUUGUUUCUAAUGCACUACAUGUAUCUGAUAGGUUGAUGUAACGGUGGAGUGUACGGUUACAAUGUAAUGUACACUCGUCUAUUGUAACUUAUGGUUGUGUUGCUGUUUUGCAAAUAUGAACAGGUCUCAAUUGAAGCGCUCGAAAAUAUUAAGGAUGGCGCUUGUUGGUUCAACGGAUUCCAUGGACAACGGUGGGACGGGCGAGAGUUUUAUUAUGAGGUCCAUCAAAAUAGCUCUUGUGGUGACACUUUACUGGUUUAUUUCCAUCACGAUGGUUUUCCUAAAUAACUACCUGCUCGAAAACAAAGAUCUGGAUGCACCACUAUUCAUCACAUUCUUCCAGUGCCUGGUGAGCGUGGGACUCUGUCGACUUAUGUAUUUCUUAUCUACACUGUUCCCCGGCAAAAUUGACUUUCCCUCUAUGAGGUUUGACCUCAAAGUGUCCCGAGAAGUCCUACCUCUCUCCAUUGUGUUCAUUGGGAUGAUUACUUUCAACAACCUUUGCUUGAAAUAUGUUGGAGUCGCCUUCUACACCGUUGGACGCUCGCUCAGCACAGUUUUCAACGUUAUUUUCUCAUACACAAUUAUUAAGCAAACCACAUCUCUAAACGCCCUCUUGUGUUGUGGGGUUAUAUUAGGGGGAUUCUGGCUUGGUGUUGAUCAAGAGGGUGUUGCUGGUUCACUGUCCUGGACAGGAGUCAUCUUUGGAGUCUUGGCCAGCGCUUGUGUUUCUCUCAAUGCCAUCUAUACCAAGAAGGUUAUGCCAGCAGUAGAUGGCAGCAUCUGGAAACUAUCCUAUUACAACAACCUGAAUGCAUGUGUUCUCUUUUUACCGCUCAUUAUCAUAUUUGGUGAACUGGGAAGUAUCCUGAGCUUUAACCGGUUGGGUGACCCACAGUUCUGGACUAUGAUGGGCAUCGGAGGAGUGUUUGGCUUUGCCAUUGGCUACGUCACUGGCCUGCAGAUUAAAUUCACUAGCCCUCUGACUCACAACGUGUCUGGCACUGCCAAGGCCUGCGCACAGACACUACUGGCAGUGAUGUACAAUCACUCUAGCAAGUCUGGCUUAUGGUGGACCAGCAAUAUGAUGGUGCUCGGGGGCUCCUCUGGCUACACAUGGGUUAAGGGCAUGGAGAUGAAGAAGGCUCCAGCUGCGAUUCCUCAAGUAACUGUAACAAAGGAUCUUCAACCCAAAGAUCAUCCAGAGGUAUAGGGCUUUGGGCACAUUACUGCCCAGUAGAAGACCAAUGAAAUAAAGACCAAUUGUUAUAUUAUAUUUUAUUUUUGUGGAAAACCGUAACAUCAGACGAUGUAAAAAAUUUGCACAUCUAUUUUGUCAUCAGGUCAUCAUUUGUAGGCAAGAAAAUAAUGCAUUUUGGGUUACGUGUCCUUUUUUUGUCAGUUUAACCUUAAAAGAUGCCAGAAACUACUGAUUGUUUUUAUACAUACAAUUACUUAGAAUCUUGGGAAACAUUAAAAUCACAAUGAAAUUAUACUGUGUAAAUGAUGGCAUAUUGCUUUACUUCUGUAAAGCUGAGUUUUGUAUAUCAUCUAUUUAACUGGUGAUUGGUUUAAUCAUGUCUGAAGAGUGCUUGUUUGUUAUUUUUUUGUUAGCAACACAGAUUUGUUAUAUCUUUUAUGUUUUGCUGUUAUAUAUCUGUUUGUACUUUCUUUCUCUUAUAGUGAAAAAGUGUGUGCACAUCCCAGGUCAAGGUGCAGAAAAAGGGUAAAUCAUAAAAAAUGGAAAAAGGUUCGCACACUUGAAGAUUGUAAUCUGAAGAAGACCACAUGGUCGAAACGUCACUCUGUGCUAAAGAGAAAAUAAAACUAACAAGAAGGAUUUCAAGUGUGCGAACCUUUUUCCAUUCUUUUUGUACUUUCUUUCUCUCCAUCUGUCUCCAAACUUAUGUAAGCCUGUUGUUAUGACUUUUUUUCUCUGUUGCCUAGACAGUUAUAUUCAUGGGAUUAACUAAACCCAUGUAAACAUCUCACUUUGAGGACAUGUUGAACACUUUAAUGAAGCAAUUGAAACACCCUAUAGUCAGUCAUGACUGAUUGAUGAAGUAUAAGGUAAUAAAAUGACACAGAUGAUAUGCUU